AUGUUUUUUGAGUUCUGUGCGGCGUUCACGGGAGCGGACACGUUGCUGUACGGAUCAUGGGCGUCAAAUGGAUACUCUGCAAGUUCUGAAAUAGUUGAUGAGCCCAGUGUUCCCCUGAGUCCUUCCAACAGCCUUAACAUCCGCAAUCUCCAGCUGUCUGAGCGAGAUCCUUCUCAGCAUACCCACCGUUAUUCUCCUAAUUUCCAUCAUGGCUGGCCCUUCCGUCCUGCCUACCACAAAAUGUAUCGAGGCAACCCCUCAGACCGCAAGGAAUGGGGACCUAGCACUAAUGGCCACCACUGUGCUCCAGAGGGUCUUUCCAAUGGGCAAUGGCAGCAUCGAUGCCGCGGCUAUUCUGACUCGCCCUGCCCAUUGUCUUCCCCCAAAUUGGAACGAGUCAGCACUAUCAAAGCCAGUGAGAAUCCCGCUGUUAUAUCUAAUGCCUCCAGUGUAACCACUGAGGAAUCCAAGAAGGAAACAUGGUCACUCUUUCGGCCCCUUCCUGCUUUCCCAGUUGAUAGCAGCAGUGCCAGGAUCAUUCCCAAGAUCUCUUAUGCCAGCAAGCUGAAAGAGAACUUGGAUCAACCAGGCAAAGCCUGCCAUGUUCCAGCCUCAGCUGUCCGCACCACUAAUAGCCUCCCCAACUGUGUCUUGGUGCCACCCCCGAGCAGUCCCCCACCAACCGAUAGUAGUCAGCAGCAGCACCUGGGAGCCAUCUUCCAAAAUGAAUGGGGCCUCUCCUUUAUCAAUGAUCCAGGAGCCGGGCAUGGAGGGGUAUGUGGAACAGCACCAGUCAAGGAGACAGAAAAUGCAGAUGCUGAAGCAUGUUGGGAAAACAUGGAAGCUAAUGACUGGCAGGCUGAAAGAAAUUAUCACUUUGAAGAGUGGGGCCAUAUAUGGGAGCUACAUAGUCAAGCUCCUAGCAGAGUGAUGGUCUACUCAGAAACCUUGGAUGGGAAGGGUUAACUCCACAAAUAUCCAGGGGAAGCACCGCUAAGAUAUGAGGGGGUGUAUGGGGAGAGGCAACCCACCCCACCCUCUUGAAGAUUGGAGAGUCCAGGCAUCUUAAAAGGGGAAGCUAUGCCACCUUGCCUCUACCUCCCUUCCCUUGCUGUUUUAGCCUAAAUUGUCCUGGGUGAGGCUCAUGCCUCACCCAUUCCCCACCAUCUUUUAUCUCUGAUUCAGUGCUCUGGUUUUUAAUUUCUUCACAUGGUUUUUAAUUUCUCUGGAUUCCCCUGAAAAUAAAGGCAAAAAAAGAGUUUAUUUAAAUUCAUUUAUUUUGCCAUAGCGGUGUCUUACUUCUUAACACAGAAUUUUUGUGUCCUGCCACCAGGACAAGGAAAUA